AGCGAACGUGAGUAGAUUCUUACAUUGGGACGACAUAAUGUCAUGUUCCCUUGUUGACUAAAGAUGAUAAGUGCCAUGUUGGCUGGAUAUGGACUAGUGCGCUUCGACUUCUUACUUUGGCAUUGUUUAUAUAGAAUCUUCUUACACGCCGGGUGUAUUAUGUCAUUGGGGAUGAGAUAUCAUCGAAAUAAUCGUAGAGCCCUUCUUGGUUUUGUCAGACCUUUGUGUCCCUAUUGACUAUCGAGCAAUGGCUACUACCAGCCCACUGAACUGGCAACUAUAAAAUUUCGAG